ACAGUCGAUGGCUAUCAAGGUGGUUACGUUCCACCACAACGACUUCCGCCAAUUCGUCUUCAAUCAAACAAUACCGCAACACCGAUGCAGAAUACAGACACCGUUCCAAUUCAUAAUAAUAUUCAACAGGAUGAAUUAUUUGGCAUACGUAUUGCUGGUAUUAAGGGUGUACCUGUGAUCGAAAUACCCAAAAAUGAACAACGCCACCUACCUACACCAACGCAACUCUCUGAAGACUUGAAAUAUCCAUAA